CUAUUCUUCUGGAAUAUACAGCAAGAUGCUGUUAGCUUGGGUAUUGUUGGCAAUUUUACCAUUUUCUUUUGCCGCUCAAUUAAGCGACUAUGAAACGGCUAUGAACGAUCUAAUUGAUACUGAAAAAGAAAAUUGGUAUGAUGCUCUUUCAAAGCGAACCAAUCCGAUUUUUACGGUUCCUAGACCUGGAAAGAGGCAUAUAUUUGGUUACAGACUUUUCAAAAUUCCAAGAACUGGAAGAUCUUUGUUUGGAAUUAAACGAGGCGAUAAUAUUCAGUCAAAAGUUCCCAGAACGGGCAAAUAAUCAACUACUUUAUUUUAUUCUAACUACUUUAUAAACACAUUUAGAUGUUUAGAGAAGCAACGAGAUGCUUCUGGAUUGUAUUUAUUAAGAAAAUAUAUUGACCUAUUUCAAAGAUUUGAAUUUUAAUUAUGAUAUUUUCUUAGCUUAGUUCAAACUGUUAUUACAAAGCAGAUAGGAAAGAAUGAAUAAUUUUACUUAGUCAAAUACAAAAAUAUUUAUCUAAGCCUAUUUAUCGG